AUGAGUAAACUUCUGCGCGACGUCUUACCUGCACCACAAACGUAUUGUAAAGAGAAUUGUUCAUGUGCCACACAACCAGGUUGUUCAAAAUCCUCCAUUUAUUCAUUUCCAAAUUUCAAUGGAUCCUUAGUGAAAUCCAUCCGAGGAUUCCGAUUUGGAUGUCGACCAUUAGACGCUUAUCUUCAGUCAGGCUUCGCUUGUCUGUACGGUGAGACUUGUAUUGGUCUCCUCGAAAAUAAAUCCGUUGAAGAAGUGAAUGGAAGAAUGAAAAGACCAAAAGAAAAUGUCUUCCUGGUUGGACUAUGUUUUUUUACUCCUUCGACAAAUAACAAUGCUAGUAAUACACAAUUGAUCCCAAUAAUAAAUGUCUUUAGUGGCAUAACUUUGCAUUGUCAACCUCAAAUAUAUCGUACUGAUCACUCUCCAAAAUCAUUCGUUACCAGUGAUUUCAGUACAGAUUUCAUCCUUGAUUUAGUUGUGACUAAUUACGAAGAUCAUACAUUGAAUGUAUUGUUGGGUAAUGGACUUGGAAGAUUUCAAAAUCAUGGUUACUUUAUCUGGAACGACUACUUUUGCUAUCUCACAUAUAUUAGCGGAAUUCUUGAUAUGGCUGUUGGGAAUCAGCAAACAAUAUACUAUUCUCCGAAUGCAGUAUUGUAUCCUGUAUAUCGAAAUCGAAAACUCUAUGAUAUCUUCGUAAACACAGGUAAUAUGUCAAGUGUAGUCGAAUAUAGUUUCAAUCGUCGUUGCUGA